AUGCCCUACGAAACUCUUGUCGGUGGCUCCUGCUACACGGUCGCGGAGGAGAACAAGCUCCUGGCCCGCAUCAACGAGCAGAGCCCUGCCAAAGUUGCCCGCAUCAGUGGCCACUGGCGCUACUUUGUCCACACCACCGGCGGUCCCGUGCCUGACGAGGUCAAGAAGCAGCUCCUCUACGCCACCGAUGCCUCCAAGGUGGCCCCCAAGGCCGACGAUGGCAAGACCGUGACCAUCUACAUCACGCCGCGCAACAUCUCGCCAUGGAGCUCUCAGGCCACCGCCAUUGCCCUCGUCUGCGGCCUGGGCGACCGCGUCCACCGCAUCGAGCGAGGGCGAUCCAUUGACAUUGUAUUCGUCGACAAUGUUUCCGGCGAACCCAAUCUGUCCUUCCGCGAUGUCAUCUACGACCGAAUGACCGAGAACUUCACCCUCGAGACCCCCGCUCUCGAGACCAUGUUCGUCGACGGCGACCGCAAGCCCCUCGAGAUCGUCGACAUCUACUCCGACCCCCGCGGUCCCCUCGUCGCCCUCCAGGAGUACAACAAGCAGAUGGGCCUCGGCCUCGACCAGCCCAAUAUGGAAUACCUGGUGGCCGAGUACAAGAACCUGGGCCGCCCUCCCAACGACAUUGAGCUGUUCAUGUGGGCUCAGGUGAACUCGGAGCACUGUAGACAUCAUGUCUUCAACGCCGCCUGGACCAUUGACGGCAAACGCAUGCCCCACAGCCUGUUUGAGAUGAUCAAGAACACGCACAAGAAGACCCCGGAGCACACGAUCUCUGCCUACAGCGACAAUGCUGCCGUCUUCGAGGGCGACCUCACCAACUUCUGGGCCCCCGACUACAAUACCGGUUCGUGGAAGCUGAACAAGGAGGUUCUGUACCCGCUCAUCAAGGCCGAGACACACAACCACCCCACUGCUAUCUCUCCUUUCCCUGGUGCCGCUACCGGCUCCGGCGGCGAGAUCAGAGACGAGGGCGCUGUAGGAAGGGGCUCCUCUCCCAAGGCGGCCCUCUGCGGUUUCUGGGUGUCUGACCUGCUGAUUCCCUCCAAGAAGAACCCGUGGGAGUCUGACAUUGGCAAGCCUGCGCAUUAUGCAAGCAGUCUCGACAUCAUGCUUGAGGCGCCCAUCGGUGCUGCGCGCUUCAACAACGAGUUUGGCCGCGCAGCCCUUGCUGGAAGCUUCAGGACCCUCCUGUCCACCACGUCAACCUCAGAUGAGGCAUCCGAGUACAGAGGCUACCAUAAGCCUGUCAUGAUUGCUGGUGGUAUCGGCUUCGUCAGGCCUCAGCACGCCUUGAAGGACUCUCAUCAUGUUGCAGACGGAGCUCACAUUAUCGUUCUGGGUGGACCGGCGAUGCUUAUUGGCCUUGGUGGCGGUGCUGCCUCAUCGGCCGCCGGCUCCGAAGCUACUGUGGAGCUCGAUUUCAACAGUGUGCAGCGUGGUAAUCCUGAGAUGGAGCGACGCGCACAGAUGGUCAUCAACACAUGUGUUGCCCUCGGCGACGAGAACCCUCUGGCUUUCAUCCACGAUGUGGGCGCCGGCGGUCUCUCUAAUGCUCUCCCCGAGCUGGUGAAGGAUGCUGGGUUCGGCGGCCAGUUCGAGCUGAGGAAGGUUGAGAGCGCUGACAAUAGCAUGAGCCCUCUUCAGAUCUGGUGCAAUGAGGUGAGCAAACCCUUUGACAUAUCAAGCAACACCGAGCAUUCAUUCAAAUUACUAACCGCCUAUUCUUUUCAGGCCCAAGAGAGAUAUGUUGUUCUGGUCAAUCAGAACAACCUCAGCCGGUUCACCAACAUCUGCCGGCGAGAAAGGUGCAACUUCUCCGAUGUGGGCACCGUCCUCGCCAUGGACCAGAAUGGCAAGGGUCGCUUGCUGUUGACAGACGCGGAACCCACGGUGCAGCCGCCAAUUCCACCAAUUGACCUACCUAUGGAUGUCCUGUUCCCUCCCGGAAGGACAAUGGAGCGAACAGUGGACAGGGUCAAGAAGAACCUCCAGCCGUUCGACGCCACAGCCAGCUUGAAGGAGACUCAUGGCGUUUCUGGCCUGAAGGAUUCAAUCACCAAGGCCACCGAACUCGUCUUCUCGCUUCCCUCAGUCGGAUCAAAGCUGUUCCUAAUCACCAUUGGCGAUCGUACCGUCGGUGGUCUCACCGUCCAGGACCAGCUGGUCGGCCCCUGGCAGACCCCUGUCGCGGAUGUGGCCGUGACUCUUACCUCUUUCAGCAUGGACGAGAAGACUCGCGGCGGAGAGGCCAUGGCCAUGGGCGAGAAGCCUACUCUGGCGCUUAUCUCGCCUGCUGCUUCCGCUCGCAUCGCUGUGGUCGAGAGUCUGAUGAACCUCGGCGCUGCCGAUAUCAAGGGCCAAGGCGAGCUCAAGCGCGUCAAGCUCUCUGCCAACUGGAUGGCUGCUGUCAACCACCCUGGCGAGGGAGCCGAGCUGUACGAUGCCGUCGAGGCCAUCGGAAUGGAGCUUUGCCCUGAGCUGGGCGUUGCCAUCCCUGUCGGCAAGGACUCCACGUCCAUGAAGGCGUCUUGGAAAGACAAGGAGCUCGACCAAGCCAAGAGCGUGACAGCACCUGUGACCGUUGUCAUCUCUGCUUUCGCUGUCGUCGAGGAUGUUCGCAGCACAUGGACCCCUCAGCUUCGUCGCGUUGAGGAUGUGGGCGAGUCCGUCUUGAUCUACGUUGAUCUUGCACAGGGCAAGAAGGCCAUGGGUGGUUCGGCUCUUGCGCAGUGCCUUGGCCAGCUCGGCGACGAGGCGCCCGAUGUCCGAGAUACCCAGCUCAUUCGAGAUUACUUUGAUGCCCUCUGGCAGCUACACCAGCAGGACAUCGUGUUAGCUUACCACGAUAGAUCAGAUGGUGGUCUGCUGACGACCGUCGCCGAGAUGAUGUUUGCGGGCCGCGCUGGUGUGGAGCUUUCGGCCGAGACAUUUGUCACUGCGGAAUCUGAGGUCCUCGACGCCUUGUUCAAUGAGGAGUUGGGUGCCGUCUUCCAGGUCAGGAAACGGGACGAGGCUAACUUCAAGAAAUGCUUUGCCACUUGCGGCCCGCCUCCUGGUCUGAUUAAGACCAUCGGCUACGUGCGGCCUACCUCGAAGCAGUCCUUGUCCAUCCUCUUCAAGGGUGAACCUAUCGUCGAUCUUGACCGGGUAACCAUGCAGAAGUGGUGGUCAAGUACAUCCUACGAGAUGCAGAAGCUCCGCGACAACCCGGCUUGCGCCGAGUCCGAGUUCGCCUCCCUGGCGGACUCGAAGGACCCCGGUCUUUCCUACAAGCUCAAGUUCGACCCCGCCGAUGUCGGCCUGCCCAUGUUUACUGCGCUGAAGGGCCUGGUCACGCGCCCGCGUGUUGCCAUUCUGAGAGAGCAGGGUGUCAACGGACAUGCCGAGAUGGCCUUUGCUUUCAGGGCUGCCGGCUUCGACGCCGUCGAUGUGCACAUGUCGGAUAUCCUGAGCGGCUACUCGCUCGAUGGCUUCCGAGGUCUGGCCGCCUGCGGUGGUUUCUCGUACGGUGAUGUCCUCGGUGCUGGCCAGGGCUGGGCCAAGUCCAUUCUCAUGCACGAGGGCUCGCGCAAGGCCUUCGAGGCCUUCUUCAAGCGACCCGACACGUUUGCCCUUGGCGUCUGCAACGGCUGCCAGAUGCUGACCAGGCUCAAGGAGCUGAUCCCUGGAGCGGAGGACUGGCCGACAUUUGUGCAGAAUGAGAGCCAGCAGUUUGAGGGCCGGUACUCGAUGGUCAAGAUCCAGGAGGAGCAGCCGUCCGUCUUCUUUGACGGCAUGAAUGGUUCGUCCUUCCCCAUCGUCGUCUCUCACGGCGAGGGCCGCGCCCAGUUCGAUUCCGAGGGCGAGCUGCACUCGCUCAACCAGGCCGGCCUCGUGCCGUUCCGGUACGUCGACAACUACGGCUCCGUCACGGAGAAGUACCCGUUCAACCCCAACGGCAGCCCGCAGGGCAUCGCGGCCGUCAAGAGCCGCGACGGCAGGGUCGUGGCUAUGAUGCCCCACCCGGAGAGGACGAUCAUGGCGGACGUAGGCAGCUGGACGCCCAAGGAGCGGCUGGCGGACUGGGGUCAGUACGGGCCUUGGUUCAAGCUGUUCCUCAACGCGCGCAAGUGGGUUGGUUAA